AUGCACCCCGGCCUGAUGCUGCCGCCGCACUCUGCGGCGGCGGCCCCGGCGUGCGACAAGGCGGCACCGACAGCGUGCGGCGGCGCGCAGCGCGGGGGCUGCGGCGGCGGCGCCCUCGGCGCGUCUGCGGCCACGACCUGCAGCGCCGACAGCGCGUGCACCGAUGUGGCUUCGUGCGGCGCGUUCCCGCGCCCCUUUGCGCGCGACGCGGCCGCCGCCCCCACCGGGUCUGCGGCGACCGCGCCGCCGGAGCUGGGCCGCGACUGCGACGAGGGCGAGUGCAUGGGCCCGCCGCGCAGCAAGCGGCCGCGCUGCGGCUUCGGCUCGGCCGAUGGCCUGGGCAUGCGGCGCGCGCAGUCUGUGCCGCGCAGCCUCGCCGACAUGAUGCAGGUGCAGGCGGCCGGCGGCCCAAGCGAAAAAUUUUGA